AUGCCCGCGUACCACUCGACGUUCGACACCCUGGAGGGGGCGACCCAGACCAUCGGCAACCUCGUGUUGCUCCCCAUCCACACCCAAUACAGGGGGCCGGCAUACCCGCCCGACCAGGAGUACGACAUCGUCGAGGAAACCCUCGACUUGUUCCGCGCCAACUCGUUCUUCCGCAACUUCGAAAUCAAGGGCGGCGCCGACCGCUUGCUCAUCUACGGCAUCUUGUUUGUCCUGCAGUGCCUCUCGAAAUUGAACAAGACGACGACGGUGAGAGACGCCCACCGCACGUUGAACUCGUUGGCCGUCGACCUGUUCGCGUUGCCGGGCGACAUCGGCUUCCCGCUCAAUUCGAUGUACACGCCGCCAAAGACGAAGAACGAGGCCGACAUGUUGAGAGCAUACUUGCAGCAGUUCCGCCAAGAGGUGGCUGACCGCUUGAUCAAGCGUGUCUACGGCAAUGACGAUUUACCGUCAAAGCACUGGUUGGCGUUCACCAAGAGACGGUUCAUGAACAAGUCGUUAUAG